UUAUCGCCCGUGGGCAGUUGAGGUCUUUAGACGCCAUGUGCGACUGACCCUGUUGGUUCUUGUUGCUAUGAGCUAGCUAAUUCAAACAGAUCUAGCUCACCCUCGGGGCAGGGCAAUAUGAACAGAGCGCCGAGGGAUUUUGACAGAACGGUGUGGUGCGAGAAACUACCAUGUGUUUUUUUUUUUCCAACGCAGGAUUCUUGAUUUACCUAGCUGUGAUUUUACAUGCAAAGACGGAGAGAGUCAAAGAUUGUUCUUAUGAGCGAAAUAUUUCAUGCUUUUCUCGAUUGUAGCAUUUGAUCCUAGAGCUGUGGGCUUUUAUGUGUGCUUGGAAGCAUCUAUCGCACAUUGUUGGCAGUUUGUCCUAAUCAGAAAAAGGAGAUAACAGAGGCUGUGUUACAAGAUAACCGGAUCCUGCUGAGAUAGUUUAGAUGUCACUAACACAUAAUUUAUGGUUGUAAAAGUUCACCUUCAUUACAAAUGGAGAAAACAGCUGGUUCUGUGAGGGAACGGAUGCGUGAACGCGAGGAAUCUUUUCACAGAGGCAUCAGGCCUCCCAUAAUGAAUGGGCCCAUGCACCCUCGUCCUCUGGUGGCACUGCUGGAUGGGCGGGACUGUACGGUGGAGAUGCCCAUCCUGAAGGACGUGGCCACCGUGGCCUUCUGUGAUGCCCAGUCCACCCAGGAGAUCCACGAGAAGGUGUUAAAUGAAGCAGUGGGUGCUCUCAUGUACCACACCAUCACCCUGAUGAGAGAGGACCUGGAAAAGUUCAAAGCACUUCGUAUAAUUGUACGCAUUGGGAGCGGCUUUGAUAAUAUCGACAUAAAGUCUGCUGGAGACUUAGGUAUAGCAGUCUGCAACAUGCCAGCAGCUUCAGUAGAGGAGACGUCAGAUUCCACCAUGUGUCACAUCCUGAACCUGUACCGACGCACCACCUGGCUGCACCAGGCUCUCCGGGAGGGCACGCGGGUCCAAAGUGUGGAACAAAUCCGAGAGGUCGCGUCUGGGGCGGCCCGGAUCAGAGGAGAGACGCUGGGGAUCAUUGGCCUAGGUCGUGUUGGACAGGCGGUGGCGCUGAGGGCCAAAGCAUUCGGUUUCAACGUGAUCUUCUACGACCCGUACCUGUCUGACGGGAUGGAGCGAGCCCUGGGGCUGCAGAGAGUCAACACCCUACAGGACCUGCUCUUCCACAGCGACUGCGUCACCUUACACUGCAGCCUCAAUGAGCACAACCACCAUCUCAUCAACGACUUCACCAUCAAACAGAUGCGUCAAGGCGCCUUCCUAGUGAACACUGCACGUGGUGGUCUGGUGGAUGAGAAAGCUCUGGCCCAGGCUCUGAAAGAGGGGAGAAUACGGGGAGCCGCCCUGGACGUCCAUGAAACAGAGCCCUUCAGUUUCAGCCAAGGUCCUCUUAAAGACGCCCCCAACCUGAUCUGCACCCCUCACGCGGCCUGGUACAGCGAGCAGGCCUCUAUUGAGAUGCGGGAGGAGGCGGCGCGGGAGAUCCGUCGAGCUAUUACCGGUCGCAUUCCAGACAGCCUGAAGAACUGCGUGAACAAAGAGUUCCUCACACAGACCACGCACUGGGCUGGCAUGGACCCCUCUGUUGUUCAUCCAGAACUCAAUGGGACCUAUAGGUACCCCCCAGGUGUAGUGAGCCUCGCUUCAGGGGGUCUACCUCCGCCAGUGGAGGGCAUCAUGCCAAGUACCGUGCCCAUAACCCACAGCCUGCCCACCGUAGCCCACCCUCCACACGCCCCGUCACCCGGCCAAACCGGCAAACCCGAACCCGAAAGAGAGCAGCACCCCAACGAACAGUUGUAGCCCCCCUCUUCAAAGGCUCUCAGUACCACUAUAGAACUCUCCUGGUCCUUCUUUACCCCAAAGAAGAGGAGCGGAAACAGGCUCCUGGGCUCAGAACCAGCCACUAAAAACAACCACGACUCCGAAGUAGCCAACUCUUUGACUGAAGCUGGUGGACUGCGCUCUUUGAAGUAUCUAGUGGGAAAAAAACAACAACAAAAAAGAGAAAACCGUGUGGAUUUCAAACAAAGUUAACUUCUCCCUGAUGCAAAAUCCUGCUGUUUUAGAUUGUAGUCUGUCCAAGUGCAGUGGGCGAUCUUUUAUCUGUUUUUUUGUCUGUCUAAUGGGUUUCAUUGUUAAAACAACAGUAGCUAUUACAUGAAUGUAACCUGUUUGUGUACAGUUUUUAGGACAUGAUUAAUGGUUUGUAGACGAGAAAAAAACUGAAACCGCAUUACAGGAGGCAUGUCACCACCUGAUAAAAGAUAAGAUAAAAAGCAUAUUAGUUUCGCUCGUUUUAUUUUAAAAAAGCCCCGAAAGAGGCGGGAUUUGCACACCCUCUCAGGAAAAUUUAUUUCCCCCCCUUCCUUCCUUCCUUUUAAAUUAAACCACAUAGUGCAUUGUUUUUGUACCCAUUUGUCUUUUUGUAGUCAAAAUUCAGUACAGUACUUUAAAAGAACUACACUCAGUAUGUUUUUAUUUUUGGAGCAUGUAUUACCUUAUGUGUUAAAGGUUAAAAAAGAAAACAGAAAAAUGUUCAGAUUUUGAACAAAAAGAAAAAAACAAAACAAAUUUGUCUUGUGCAAAGCUGGCGUAAUGCUUGCCUGUUUGUGUGUGACUUGAUUGUACCGUGUUUUUCGAGGAUGCCGGGAUAGUUGCAGCUCUCCAUCGCCUACAUAGUUUCCUUCCUGGUAAAGUGGUAGGCUAGCAAUAUACAUACUAUAUAUACUAUGAGAUAUUAAUAUUUUUUGUUAAACAGAAUCCAAAAAGAAAUGUUUGUGACUGUAUGCAUUUGUAUGAAUUAUUUUAAAUGAAAUAAAAGUCCGAGUUAAACGACA